AUGUCCUUGAUCAACGACCUACUUGAAGAUCUGGAGUCGACAAUUUGGUACUGUUCUUUGGAUAUGGCGAGUGGGUUUUGGGUAGUGAAAAUGACGGAUCGUGCUCGCUUCAGCUCGGCUUAUAUUACUCCCUUCGGAUUAAAUGAGUGGAACUGGAUGCCUUUCGGCUUGGAGAAUGCACCCCAGAUCUAUCAACGUAUGAUCGACAACGCGCUAUAUGGAUUCACUCGGAUCCCGAAAUCUGAAGAUCACGGAGGUACUUUAGACGUGUUUGAGGACGGGGAACCGGUGGAUCCAGGCAAGCGAUCGGUGCUUGGGCGUAGAUCAUAUAUCGACGACAUCCUGAUCCCAGCCAAUAACUGGAAUCAACUAUGUGACCGAGUCGAAGGUUUACGCGAAGCGUGCGAUAAAUGGAAUCUGGCAAUCAAUGUAGUCAAGUGUUUCUGGGGAAUGCCCAAGGUGGAAUGUCUGGGUCAAAAGGUCUCUCACAAUGGACUGAAGACGAACCCGAAAAAUCUGUCGGCGCUGACGGAUCUAGCGUUCCCUGAAUCACUUCGAGCCAUGCAGUCAUUUUUGGGAAGUCUGAAAUAUUACAGCCUAUUUAUUGAAGACUAUGCAAUCUACGCAUCAGUUCUGUACGAAUUGCGAGAAAUCGACUUUGUUGCGAUGAUGAAGGAGGCUACCCAAGCGCGGAUCCAACAAAUACUGGAAGUGGAGAAUGUGAAUCAAGGAUCGCAGGAAGAUCAGGGUGUCGACCACCGAAAGACCUGGGAUCUGGAGGCGCCAGAUCCUAGUGAGGUGGAUCGAUGUUGGAUCCAUGCCCACCGGUCCUUCAGUGUGCUUAAAGCCAGGAUCGCUACAACUCCGAUCUUUCAACACUUUCACCCAGAUCGGAAGGCCACAGUUGUGGUAUAUGCUAGCGAUUGGACCAUUUCGGGAUCAUUGAUGCAGGAUUACGACCAGAUCUACUACCCCGUGAUGUUUGCGAGCCGCACACUGAAGUCGAAUGAACUAAACUCUGGCAUCGAGGUGAAAGAGGUAUUGGCCCUGCUGACGAUCCUGGAUCUUAACUACAAUGCGCUGGUCGGACGCCCGAUCCACGUGUUGACCCGACACUCAACAUUGGCGUGGCUCUUCAUGUCCGCCGCCCUGCAAGGACAUAUGGGACAAUCCGAAAAGGAUAAAGCAUUGAUCUCUUUUGCACCAAAAAAGGAGCCAAGACGCAAGGUCCAAGCGCCGAUCCCCACUAUUAGACGCGAUGAGGAGCUAUACGUCAUUAGUUUCGAUGGAUCUGCUCGCGUCAAGAGAGGUGGAGGCGCCUACAGCGCGAUCUUGUGGAAGCUGCCCGAAUGGAGGGUGCUGAAGGUUAGAUCUGGGUAUGCCGAAAACUUGACGGUGAACGAGGCGGAAUACCGUGGGCUGUUCCUAUGUUUGGAUCGGUUGGAAGAUCUGGAUCCGCGACGUCUGGUGAUCUGCGGAGGCUCGAACCUGGUGAUCCGACAAGUACGAGGCGAGAUCGAUUAUCAUGAGCUGUUACACGCCAAACGAUAUUGGAACGGGAAUGCUGACAGCUUAGCAAGCACCGCUCUGCAACGGCAAUGUGGGACCGAGAUCGAGACUGAAAAGGAGAUCCAGGAUCUAGUAACCUUGAACUGGUUGAAUGAGAUCCUGAUAGUGAAGAUCGAAGACGAGAUCGCACAGAUAUCUACCGUAACGACCCGAUCUAAGGCUAGAUCUGGAGUGCCGGAUCCGGCAAGGCAAGACGAAGAGUCGUGGAUCCUGGGCUUGAAGAAGUAUUUGGUUGGGGAGAUCCGGGAUCUGACACAAGAAGAUGCUAAGAUGUUUGGAUCUAUCGAUAUGAAUUAUGAAGUGGAUCAGUCGGAUCUACUCUUCUACUACCCGACAACUAAAAAAGCAGCUGCAGAUCGAGAUAAGUGGAUGCGACUGGUGAUACCUGAGACGCUUCAACAAGACAUUUUGCAUCACGGUCACAUGAGCCUACAAGGUGACCAUCAAGGGGUCGUUCACACCUACGAUCGGAUCCGUGAUCAUUUCCACUGGAGAGAGCUGUAUAAGAGCGUACAGCGAUACGUGGGAGAAUGUGCCGACUGUGAAACAGACAAAAGUCGACCCCGGAUCGAAGGUGAGUCACGUGGUAACCUUCAGGCGACAUACCCAUUCCAGAUCAUUGCCAUGGAUCACAUACCUUCAUUGCUUAGAUCCCUCAACGGUAACACCGAAUUGCUGAUCUUCGUGGAUCUAUUCUCGGGAUAUGUGAUCGCCAAAGCCAGCGCCUCUAGAUCCGCUCAGACGAUCGCUGAGACCUACAAGGAAUGUAUCUUCCGCAGAUUUGGUGCAAGCGAGGUGACCCGGCAUGAUCGGGAGCCAGGUUUUAUGCCUGACUUCUUUAAGCCUUUCAACAAGAUCCCUGGACAACGUCAACGUGCUACUAUGGCGUAUCAACUCCAAGCCAAUGGAUCCGCAGGGCGUAUGGUCCAGACAACUACCAAGGCUCUUAAGAUGUAUGUGCAAGAUCUGGAUUAA